CGACUGAGUUCCAGCCACGAGCGCGGAGCGCGCAGCGGGGGUACAUCCUUCGCUGUUGCAGUCAGUGCUACCCAGGCGCUGUUGCCACAGCCACAUGAAGCCUGCUGGGGAGGGAGGGCCAGCAUUCAGCAAGCCGGCUGUAACUGAGGCUGACACGGUCUCAGAGAGGCACUGACUCUCAAGGGGACCUUCUUUCUCGUACCUGGGUGACAAGUCUUCUCCUGGGUCCCAGUCAUCCUGAAUAUCCAGGAUGGUGUUCCUGAAAUUCUUCUGGAUGGGUUUCUUCUGCCACCUGUGUCAGGGCUACUUUGAUGGCCCUCUCUACCCGGAGAUGUCCAAUGGGACUCUGCACCACUACUUCGUGCCCGACGGGGACUAUGAGGAGAACGAUGACCCCGAGAAGUGCCAGCUGCUCUUCAGGGUGAGUGACCACCGGCGCUGCUCCCAGGGGGAGGGGAGCCAGGCCAGCCGUCUGCUGAGCCUCACCCUGCGGGAGGAGUUCACUGUGCUGGGCCGCCAGGUGGAGGACGCUGGCCGUGUCCUGGAGGGCAUCAGUAAGAGUAUCUCCUAUGACCUGGACGGGGAAGAGAGCUACGGCAAGUACCUGCGCCGGGAGUCCCACCAGAUAGGGGACGCUUACUCCAACUCGGACAAGUCCCUCACUGAGUUGGAAAGCAAGUUCAAGCAGGGCCAGGAACAGGACAGCCGGCAGGAGAACAGGCUCAACGAGGACUUCUUGGGGAUGCUGGUCCACACCAAGUCCUUGCUGAAAGAAACGCUGGACAUCUCUAUGGGGCUCAGGGACAGAUAUGAGCUGCUGGCCCUCACCAUCAGGAGCCAUGGGACUCGGUUAGGUCGGCUGAAAAACGAUUAUCUUAAGGUGUAGUUGGAGAGGCGCGCUGCCAGGAGGGGGCUUCAAAUCAGCCUCUUCAUGGAGGGUGGGGGACUGAAGACGGGCCUAAUAUUUCCCUUAUACUUAUUAUUUUUUAUAUUCAGAUUUGCACUUGGAGAAUGAUCUGAAGUCAUCGUUAAAAGGAAAGAAGUGAGAGUGGAGUGGUUUUGGUUUUGUACAUUAUUUAUAUGACUGCUAUUGAUUUGUCACCUGGAAAGAACAAUUUAAAGCCAUGCCUUCUGCCUUUCCUAGAGGCUUCAUAACUCUGCAGAGACACCUGUUUCAGCCGCCAUCUAAAAGAACACAAUUUACACAGUGUUAAACUUGCCCAGCCUGGAGAGUGUGGAAGUACUGGGAUAGCAGAGUGUGUAGCUCCUUUCCACCUUCAGGCUUCUCUCCUGGGCUCUGAAAGCUGUCAAAGUUGCCUGUUUUCAGAUGAAGGCCAAGGGUGUGCUCUGCAUGAAUGCAGGCAGAUGGAAGUUGCCUGUUUCUUCACCUUUUCUUUCUUAUUUAUUACCAGGGUCUCCAAGGUGUUGUUGGUUUUUUUUAACAGGUUCUUUUUUGUUUUGUUUUGUUGUCGUUGUUGUUGUUUUUGUUUUCGUUUUUGUUUUUGGGGGUUUUUUUGGUAAAAGUAUUGGCUAGAAACUAUACGCAAAUCAUCCUUUGCAGGGAGAUGUCUGAAGUGCCUCUGUGGGUGUGUACGUUAAAGUGACCACAUUUAAGAAGUCUCAGCUUUGUAGUGGUUGUGCACUCAUGUCGAUGUGCUGAUGCUAUGUCUCUCAUUGUAUGUCUGAGUCAUCAGUGCUACAGUCCAUUACAAAGAAGUAGAUUGAUUGAACGCACCCCUAAAUGCCUAUGAUUUAGAUUACCAAUGUAUUAUUUCUCAUUUAGGGGUUUUGCUUCUGUUUGCUUAUUGGAAACUUGUACUUCAAGUAGGGGGAAUUCUAAUUCUAAUAACUCCUUAACUAAGUUUUAUUAUUCAGCCAAUAAAUAUGUUCUCGUAUA